AUGAUUUGGCUUGAUGAUAAUGUGAAUGACAAAGGGUUUCAAGAUGCAAAACAAAAGCUGGACUCUAUUACUAGUCAUUUGGAGAAAUUUCAAGAUGUAACACAAUGUCAGAAAUAUAUUGAAGAGCAGUCACAAUACGAUCGACUGGUAAUUAUUGUUAAUGGUCGAUUGGGAGAAGUUAUAGUGCCUUCUAUUCAUGGACUUCAACAAAUUAAGUCGAUUUAUGUGUACUGCAUGGAUAUAAAACGUAAUAAACAAUGGACUUGCAAAUAUGAAAAAGUAAAAGCUGUCAUUGUUGAAAUUGAUGAACUUAUUUCUCUAAUUAUGACGGAUCAUAACAUUCUGCAAGCGGAGGAUGGACCAUUGUCAACAACUAGUGCUACUGCACGUGCUGGCGCAGGAAAGCUUGAUAAUUUCACCGAUGAAGAUGUGUUAAAAUUAGCCAAGAAUGAAAUAAUACGUGUUCUUAAGUUGGAAGCAUAUGAAAUAAAAGAUACAAUUGUAAAUGAUUUGUUAGAAAAUGGUCGACAAUCAUUGUCUAAGUAUGAAGAAGAUCUUCUACCAGAUAUCUAUGCGGCAGCAAUAAAUGAAAAGGAUGGUGAUUUGAUGAAAUCUCUGAAAAAAUAUUUAGAACAAAAAUGGAUAGUAAAGUACGGUUCUUCAAAUCAGUGGUUUAUUAAAUUUUUAAAAGAAUAUAAAGAUUCCGUGAAUUAUAAUUCUAUUCUGAAUCGCACAGCUGAAUAUGGGAAUAAAUACUUGAAAGAUUGCCCAAUCUUAUCAAUUGUUUUGCAACUUCUAUUUGAAGGUAUUGAUGUUAAAUGUCCCAAUGAAAGAAACGUAUUCAAUGAUCUAUGGUGUGCAAUAACCAAUGAUGGCUUAAAAUGUAUAGAAGAUUUUUCUAAUUAUAUGAAUGAAAAUGUCAUGCUUGAACUAAAAAAUACAAAGGAAUCAGUAUUAAUUCAAGCUUUACGUGAAUACUAUCGUCCAAAAUUAUUUGAAUUAUUUAAAAGAAUUCAAAUUCUAGAUCACGACAAUUUGUAUGAUUUAGCAUUAAAUAAUGUUGCUGAAUACGGUUGGUUACAAGGUUUACAAGCAGUUAAACAGAAAAUAAUUCCGAAAUAUUUUAAAGAAUUACUAGCGAAUAUUUCUCAAGGUAAACUUGAUUUGGUUGAAUGUCUUGUUUAUUUAUCAUUCUAA